CCUUCUCCUCAACGUUCUCGACACUAAACAUGGGAAGUCUUGUGGGGCAUGUGGCACCUGGAUUUGGCUUCUUUAUCAUUGGGUUUUGGCACUUGAUUAACCACAUCAAGAACCAUGUCAUUAGCCCAAAAUCCUACACAUCUUUGCCAUGGUUCCCAACUUCAAAGAUAAGGUAUUUAGAGCUUUUCUUGAUCAUGGCAGGCAGCACCAUGUCCAUAGCCAUGGAGCUUUUUAUCGGCCCAGACCGCCACCAACCUCUAGAUCCUGACGGAACCAUCCCUUCCAAUCAUCUCCAAAACUUUGAACAUUCAAAUAUUUCCAUCACCCUUUUCGUGUAUGCAGCUUUCUCAAUUCUACUAGAUAAACUUGCUCCACCAACACAAUAUGGACUCACCUAUAUGCUUGGUGCCAUAGCCUUUGGCCAGCAGAUACUACUUUUCCAUCUCCACUCUGCUGAUCAUAUGGGGAUUGAGGGCCAAUACCAUUGGCUUCUUCAAAUUGCAAUCUUCACCUCUUUUGCAACCACUCUUUUGGGCAUAAAUUAUCCCAAGAGUUUCAUGAAUAGCUUUGCAAGGUCUAUUAGCAUUAUGUUCCAAGGUGUUUGGCUUAUGGUCAUGGGGUUCAUGCUUUGGACACCUGAGUUCAUACCCAAAGGUUGUUUCAUGAACUUGGAAAAAGGUCACAAAGUUGUCCGGUGCCACAGGGAAGAAGCCCUAGAACGAGCUAAAUCUCUAGUCAACAUUCAAUUCAGUUGGUACGUCGUGGGUGUGACAAUUUUUUCAGUUUCACUUUAUUUAUUCAUAGUCAAAUUUUAUCAAGAAAAAGUCAAAUACCAAUCAAUAACGAAAUUUGAAGAACAAGAAGAGGAAGAUGAAGAUAAGGAUGACGUCGAGGCACAGAAGAAAGGCAAACUCAACGAUCCCAUGAGUAGUUUUCUGCAAAUGGGAAAAUCAUUUGCCCCUUUGGACAUAGAAAGGUAGAAAGUAUAGGUAGGUAAAAAGGGAUGGUAAUUGUGUGAAAAUAUUAGGUUUGGUGGGAAUUCAGUUUGUUUAAUUAAGACAAGAAUAACGUUGCCUUAGUGAAGCAAAUGUCAUUCCCAUAGGAAAAAUAAAAUUUAAGGAAAAAAGUACAGUGAUUAUUUAUUUGGUUUUAACCUUUUGUGCAUGUACGUACGCAAAAAGUCAUCUAUUA